AUGUCAAACAAACCAGUUCCAUCACUUCCCAAAAACGAUGAUUCUUUAAAAAAACAAUCUUUAUUAAAUGAUAAAGAUGAAAAAAAAGAUUCGAAGAAUUAUCCACAAGAAGUAGCCACAAGUAAUCACCCACAUCUUACAGCUGUUAAAGAAGUCGUUUCAAACGUUGUACAUAACACAGCUCAAGCUUUAAAGAUUGAACCAAAGGAAAGUCAUCCUGAGGCCUACCAUCAAGAUGAAAAUCAUUUUCUUAAUCGGCUUACACCUUUUAACCAACAAACUUUAAUCAAAAAUGUUCACAAGGAUCAGAUAGAUAUGUCGAAAUUUUUCCAUGUGAUGAGGAUAGGAAACAAUAAGAUAGUGCAAGAACAGGGACAGGAGAAGAAUGAAAAAAGUAAAGUGAAUAAGUAUGGACAAGAAGAGGAUGGGUUAUUUAAAGAAUCACAGAAGAGAGGAUCAAAGAUUAAUGUAGAAUCACAAAAACAAUCACAGAAAGGGAGGAAACAGCAUAAUGAUUUGGAAAGUUUUUUAUCAAGAGAAGAUUUAAAUUUGAAAUCAAAUGUUUAUAGAGGUACAUUGUAUGAAUAUGAAACGAUAUCAUGCCUCAAAGAUCAUUUUGGAAUUACAACAAGAAGAGUGGGAGGAACAAAUGAUUCUGGAAUCGAUUUUAGGGGUAGAUGGACAUUGCCAAAUAAUCAAAAGUUAAAUAUAAUAGGUCAAUGUAAAAAUAAUUCAAGUAAAUGCUCACCAAUUUCAGUUAGAGAGUUGGAAGGUGUUCUAUGUACCGAAACCAAAGAUACUCUUGGUAUAUUAUCCUCCAAAUCAAGUUUUAGUAAGGCUGCUAUCACGAGAUUUUAUGCCUCUCCUUAUCCAUUGAUUUUAGUUUGCGUGUUAAAUGACGGGCAAAACUGUGAGACUUUUACUUGGAACAAAACUUGCGAGAAAAUUUUGGAUAGUUUUCAAGUUACACAAAAGUUUUAUAAUGCGAAAGAUGAUAUUUCUGAUGAUGUUAUUGACCACAAGCCUAUAUUAUUAUAUGAUGGAAAACCUUUCAUUCCUAAUUUUCAAGAAUAG